AGAGAGAGAAAAAGUGCGCGUGUGCAGGAGAGCGAGAGACUGUGUACGUGGUAAGAUGGCAUCGAGCUGGGGACGUGUAGUGUCGGAGCAGACCGACUUAAUAGGGACUCGUCUCCGUCACCUCGUGUCUACUGGACUGCACUUACUCCGUGAUGAGUUGGGGAUAGAUUUGGGCUUGAAGCCCGAGGUUUACCCGGCCUGGGUGUUCCUCUGUACGGCGCUGAUCGGCCUGCUGUUCCUGCUGGUGGUGUUCGCGGCCUGCGGUGGAGCUCGACGCAGGAAGCACAGAGCUUCUAGAACUAAAAGCACCACCGACAGCGUGAAGGCGCCCAAACCCGAAGAGCCAAAGAAGAAAAACAAAAAGAAAGCUGCGGAAAAGAAGAACCAAUCAAACGGUGGCAAGGCUCCUGAAGCUCGAGAACAAGUCAACAAAUCAGUAAAGGAGAUCUCUAAACAGGCAGCACCACCUCCGAAAGCAGCACCACCUCCGAAAGCAGCACCAUCUCCUCCGAAAACAGCAGCACCAUCUCCGAAAGCAGCACCACCUCCUCCGAAAACAGCAGCACCAUCUCUGAAAGCAGCACCAUCUCCGAAAGCAGCAGCAGCACCAUCUCCGAAAGCAGCAGCAGCACCAUCUCCGAAAGCAGCAGCAGCACCAUCUCCGAAAGCAGCGGCAGCACCUCCUCCGAAAGCAGCGGCAGCACCUCCUCCGAAAGCAGCGGCAUCACCUCCUCCGAAAGCAGCGGCAGCACCACCACCACCUCAACCCCAGCCACAAGGACUUGUUGAUGCUAAAGCUGAGAAAGCCAAGAAAAGUAAGAAAAAAACAAAACCAGAGGUGAAACUAAACCAAGCUGUUUCCUCCACAGACGGAAAGGAACCUGAUGAAGGUGCUUGGGAGACUAAGAUCAGCAACCGAGAGAAACGACAGCAGCGCAAGAAGGAGAAGGGCCCUAAUGAUGAGUCAGGAAGCCCUGGAGGUGGUCAGCAAACAGAGAACCCUGCAGUUAAAGCUCCAGUGAACACCAAGAAGAAUAAAGAAUCUAUGAAUUUAAAGGCUGUGAAAGGUGAUGCCAGUGUAACACCGGUGCAAUCCACCUGGAAUAAUGUGAGCUCUGUGAACAGUGGAGGAUGGACUGAUAUGUCUGUGAAGCUUCCACCCCAGGGGAGCGUUUCAGACCGUGAGAAAUCGUCAGCUGGCAUUAAGACAUCUGGACCCAGGACUUCGGAGACUUUGGCCUGGACUCAAGAAUCCAUGGCAGGGUCAUGGCCCAGCACGGAUGGACGAAUUAAUCCUGAAGUGAACCGAAUGAACCGCCCCAUGCCCAGAUUAAACCCAUCAGCUAGUGCUCCGGUGACUCAGGCUGCUGCUGUAUUGGGGAAUGGUCACACCAAAUCUGAUGAGUGGUCUGGAUUCAGUAAGAGAUUCAAUGGCCUUGGAGCAACGGAUCCAAGUUCGGACUGGAAUGCUCCCACUGAGCUGUGGGGGAACUACGGUGAACCUAAACCAGAGACUCCUGCUGCCCAAGAGACAACCAUUUCCCAGUUGCAGGAAUCUGAUGAUGACAAGGACAAAGGAGAUCCUUCUGGAAGUGGCAAGUCCAAGAGAAAGAAGAAGAAGAAGAAGAAGCCAGAAGAUGAAAAUGCUGGCUCACAUGUGACCAGUGAGAGUUUGACUGCACCUGCAGAAAGUGGAUUUGUCAAACCCCAUCCUCAUGUGCCAGUGGUGGAGCCAAACAAGCAGAUCAUCACUCCACAGUCAGGACUGAAGAAAUCGGAUCAGAACGCGGAACCGCUGAAGCAAGUUCAAAAGAAAAAGGCCAGGAGAGAAACAUGAAUCCCCUCAAUCUCUUAUGCAAGGAUUAAAACGUUUAUGCAAUAAUUUCAGCGUACAGAAUUUUAUACUGAUUAAAAUUUUCUGUGCUAUUUACAGAACAUCUUAAGUGAGUUGGGCCAAGUUGGCCAAAAAACAACAAAAAUGACAGCAGACAGAGAACAACAUAUGCACUAUGCUAGACUGAUGUCUUCUAAAGAAUUGAUUAAUGUACUUGAUAUCAUGCACACUUUUAGUGCAUCGAAAGAUUAUUUAUUGUUGUUCAACUGCUACUUUUAAGAUGUUAAUAGAAUUUGCAACGUUUGUUAAUAUCAUGGGGGAAAUUUUAGAAUUUUGAGGAUGUUUUUAUUAUUUUUCUUCCUGUUUUUCUUCCAUUUCUCUUCCUCUGGAACUUUUCUACUGCUGAAUUGGAUUCAGGAUUAUUUGCAGUGUAGCAGUUAAGGUUAGACACCACUGAGAGACACUGUGCCAUCAGAGCCAUCAUGAUUUAAAUCUAAAGUCAUCAGCAGCAGCCGGAAGAGACUGGUAUAUUACUGUAUUUUGUAAUCCGGAUCGAAACAAAACACGAGUACAGGUUACUACAGAGAUGUUUCUAACACUAAGAAUAUUCUCAGUGCUUUUUUUCCUGUAUUAAGUAUAUAUUUUCACAUAGAAAGGAACUAUACACACCUUUUGAAAUACUUGCUUUAUCUUACCUUGUUAACUGUUGAAACAAUUUAAUGCUCUUUGUUUCUCUUGCAACCUCUUCAGUAGAAAAAGCCAGGCCAUAUGUACAGAAUUACUAAGGGCUUUUUUCUAUAAUUCUCUUUAAUUGCACUGUGCUACAGGUUGUAAUACUUUCUAUUUUUGUUAUUUUUUUGUUUUGAUCUUCUUGAAAUGUGAAUGUUUCAUUCCUGUUUAAUUUUGUGUUUUCAUAUUAUUGUGAUGGAUAUAGAGGUAGUGAUUUUUAAUGGAGAGAGACAAACGGUAACAGCAGCUUUACCUCCAUUUCACUAUAAAUAGUGUCAGUAUCUGGAAUCUGUUGCCUUAAUCUGUUUCUUUUUUUUCCCUUUACUUUUAUGUUUGCAUCUAACCUUCUUUGAAAUCAGUUUUUGGAAAGAGUUGUAGAAUUAUUAUUUCCAGUUUGAUUGAUGUCAGAGCUGCACUUGCUGUUGCACAAGUUCUGUUUUAAAUCUUAAUAAUCAUCAAAUAAAUGUCCAGAUUCUUUUUUUUUUCACUCAUUCAAGUACUUCUCAACAAAAAUGCUUUAAUGAAUGAGAAAUGCUUUGCUUUUUGUAGACCUGAAAUAGUGAAUAUCAAUUUUCUGUCCAGGCUUAAUGCCUUAUGAAUUUAAUUUAAACAUGUCUAUAUGUGGAUUAACUGGCCGUUUAUCCCAUGUUUUUGUAAAUUGUGGUAGAUUUUCGUGUACCUGAGGUACUCUGGUUUAGAAUCAGACACCUGCCUUAGUUUUUCCAUUAGAAAGGUGGUUAAACCAGUGUAUUUAUACCUGUCUUCAGAUUUUUUGAAUCCAAGAAUGAUCAUGUUUACUGAAGUUGAUGCAAUAUUUCUAUGUUGAUUUGUUAAAUAAAACAUUUGAUCAUUGUUA